AGGAACGUGUACAGUCUGUACUUCAGCUCUUCAGAUCAAGUCGAGUCAAGUCCACAUACUUUCUAACGACAGCCAGGUGGACAGGUCCGUGAACGUUACUGUGUGAACAUGGGACGGAAAGUGACUCUGGCAACUUGCUCAUUGAACCAGUGGGCUUUGGACUUUGAAGGCAACCUGCAGAGGAUCCUGAAGAGUAUCGAGAUAGCGAAAGCUCAUGGAGCCAAAUACAGGCUGGGCCCAGAGCUGGAGAUAUGUGGUUAUGGCUGUGCAGACCACUUCUAUGAGUCAGACACGCUGCUCCACAGCUUUCAGGUCCUGAGGAAGCUUCUGGAGUCUCCUGUCACCCAGGACAUCAUCUGUGAUGUGGGCAUGCCCAUCAUGCAUCAUAAUGUGCGCUACAACUGUCGGGUCGUGUUCCUCAACAGAAAGAUCCUGCUGAUCAGACCUAAAAUGCAGAUGGCCAACCACGGGAUCUACCGAGAGAUGCGCUGGUUCUCUCCCUGGAACCACUUAAGGCAUGUGGAGGAGUACUUCCUGCCCAGGAUGAUCCAGGAGGUAACAGGGCAGGACACAGUCCCAUUCGGUGACUGUGUGCUGUCCACAAAGGACACCUGCAUCGGCACUGAGACAUGCCAGGAGCUCUGGAACCCCAGAAGCCCCCAUAUUCAGAUGGGUCUGGAUGGGGUUGAAAUCUUUACUAACUCCUCUGCCAGCCACCACGAGCUCCGCAAAGCUGACCAGAGAGUCAACCUGAUCAAGUCAGCCACCACCAAGAGUGGAGGUAUCUACCUGUACGCCAACCAGAGGGGCUGCGAUGGAGACCGUGUCUACUAUGAUGGUUGUGCCAUGGUGGCCAUCAACGGAGACAUUGUAGCUCAGGGAGCACAGUUCUCACUGAAUGAUGUGGAGGUGGUUACAGCCACUCUAGACCUUGAGGAUGUCCGUAGCUACAGAGGAGAAGUUUGCCAGCCCAACAUGGAAAGUGAACCCAAACCGUGCCACAGGAUCAAAGUUGACUUCUCUUUAUCCAGUUGUGAUGACGUCUACCUCCCUACCCACCAGCCAAUAACAUGUUACUUUCAUACACCAGAGGAAGAGAUCAGUUUAGGGCCGGCCUGCUGGCUGUGGGACUACCUGAGGAGAAGUGGACAGGCUGGUUUCCUGUUGCCUCUGAGCGGAGGAGUCGACAGCUCCUCCACCGCCUGUAUUGUCCACUCAAUGUGUGUGCUGCUCUGCCAGGCUAUAGAGGACGGCAACAGCCAGGUGCUGGAGGAUGUUCGCAGGGUGGUGGGGGAUGAAUCCUACCGUCCUCAGCACCCAAGGGAGCUGUGUGGUCGCAUCUUCACCACCUGCUACAUGGCCAGCGAAAACUCGUCAGAGGACACAUGCAGCAGAGCCAAAAGCCUGGCCAAUCAGAUCGGCAGCACACACAUGAAUAUUAACAUAGACAUGGCGGUGAAAGGCAUUCUGGGUAUCUUCUCAGUGGUCACUGGGAGGUGGCCUCAGUUUCGCGCCAAUGGAGGAAGUCACAGAGAAAACCUGGCUCUGCAGAACGUACAGGCUCGAGUCAGGAUGGUCCUGGCCUACCUGUUUGCCCAGCUCAGUCUGUGGGCUCGUGGGAAGCCAGGUGGAUUACUGGUGCUGGGCUCAGCAAACGUAGAUGAGAGUCUGACAGGGUAUUUCACAAAGUACGACUGCUCCAGUGCCGACAUCAACCCAAUAGGAGGCAUCAGCAAGACAGACCUGAAGAGCUUCCUGCUGUACUGUGCCGAGCAGUUCCAGCUCACCGCUCUGAGAGGCAUCCUGUCCGCUCCACCCACAGCUGAACUGGAGCCACUGACAGAUGGACAGGUGUCGCAAACAGAUGAGGCAGACAUGGGGAUGACUUACUCUGAGUUAUCUGUGAUUGGACGACUGAGGAAGAUCUCCAAGUGCGGCCCCUUCAGUAUGUUCUGUAAACUCAUCCACAUGUGGAAGGAUGCGCUCUCACCCACAGAGGUGGCCCAGAAGGUGAAGCACUUCUUCCGGAUGUACUCAGUGAACCGCCAUAAGAUGACCACAGUAACACCUUCCUACCACGCCGAGAGCUACAGCCCCGACGACAACCGCUUUGACCUCCGACCUUUCCUCUACAACACACGCUGGACCUGGCAGUUCAGGUGCAUCCAAGACCAGGUGUCCCAGAUGGCAGCAAACACUCCACAGCAAUAAGAACCUCAGGUCUUCAGUGUCCAGAGAAAAGCCAUCACAACUUUGACGGAUUAAAAAGAUCAGUCACAGUUUCAGUUAAGCCAAAUAGUUUGUACUGUAAGCACAGGGUCAAGCAGGUGAAACCAGAAAACAGGACCUUUGUUCUACCUCAGUUUGUGACUGUUGACGACAUGCCGUCAUUCCCAAACCAUGCUAAGAAAUAUGGGAUCAUUUCAAGUCUUUUGUCAUGUGAAAUGCAGUAAUGCAGUCAUCUGUGGGAACUAUGCAACAUAUUGAACAUGAAGUGCCAGUCAAGGUACUGGUGUAGGAAAUUAGCUUUGGCUGUAUACAUGUGUACAGCACAUCUGACUCUGCUUCUGCAGCUGUCUGUGUUUCUCUAUACUUGUCCCUUACAAAUUAAAAACACUAAUAAUAAUUUAAAAAAUUAACAGUAAUUUACUCACAGCGUAAGAAACAGUGACUGUGCCUCCUUUCUGAACCUUUCAUGUGAUCAACUAGAACAACUACUUCUCAUUAUAACUCUUUUGGAGGUCGAAUGUCAGUAUUAUGAGUGACAAAGCGCUACAGGGGUUUUCAAACUUGAUGUCUGAUUUCUUCUAAAUGUGAUCGUAAAUAUUCAUAUUAGUAAUAUGGCACUAAAACCAACAUCAUCAACAAAAAGCUUUAAAGGUCCAGUGUCUAAGAUUUAGGGGGAUUUAGUGACAUCUAGUGGUGAGGAUUGCAGAUUGCAACCAGCUGAAACUCUUCCUGGUUAGAAUUCCUUCAGUGUUUAUUGUUCAGGAGGUUUAUACCAGGAACCAAACUAUCCGCAGAGGUCUCUUCCUCUCCUAAACAAACAGAGCAGAUGAUUUAAACCAGUAAAAACACUGAAUAAAGCAGAAUCACGUAACAAAUCAGUGUAUCUCCAACACUGGCAUGUCAGAGACAGGCGGCUAACCCUCUUCAUGCUACUGUGUGCCCAGUCUUUUUCUGUAAUAACUUCAGAUCCACAUGUUCAGAAGGUUUUCAAUGGGAGCUGAAUUAUCCGCAGAUGUCCCUUCCUCUCCAAAACACAUAGACCAGGAGUCUCCUUUAUAAAACAGCGCACAGGAUACAUUCUAAAAAUGUACAAGACAAACUCCAAAAAUGGCAUUGACCAAAAAAUAUUCGACAGUUUCUACAGUCAGGCUUCUACCUCACCAUCUGCUUUGCAAAUUUCCCAUCUCCAAAAAUGUUCGUAAGCAUGGGUCAAAGUUUCUCCCAUCAAGUCUGUUUUUAUAAGUCUAAAUUUUGGCGUGGCAUACACCUCUUUCAGGCCUCGUCUUGUGUGUAUGCUAUGUUUAUAAACGACACAAAUGUCUAUUUAAAAAAAAUGUUUUCCGACGCUCUUGUCGUGGAGGGGCUGCUAACCACAGUGGCCGAUGUGAAAAUGUGAAUGGUCCUAUAUAGAGGCAGUGUUUGGUUUGUCCAUUGAUUUGUCCUACUGUAGAAACAUGGCGAUGCAACAUGACAAUCUCCGUCGACGAGGACCCGCUCCUAGUGUAGAAACGCCUCAUUCUAAAAUACAACGAUUCCUAUUUUCAGGUGAUUAUACACUAAAGAAAAAACUUAAUAUAUUAAAUUUAAUCUAUGCCACUGGCCCCAGGGCAGACCCAGAACACGCUAGAGGGAUUGCAUAUCUCAUCUGGCCUGGGAACGGAGAGAGGGAUGAGGGAUGUCUGGAGUGCUUUGCUUGGCCUGCUGCCCCUGCGUCCUGGCUCCAGAUAAGCUGGUCAAAAUGGAUAGAUGGAUGGAUAUGCCAACAUAUCCCCCUAAAUCCUACACACUGGUCCUUUAAUUUCUAUGUUUGCCCUGUGACAAAUUACAUUUAGACUAUGAGAGACCUUUUCCUCCAGUGUCUGGGACACUGAAGUUAUUGGAUUACACAGGUGUGUGUUCUGAGUUUAACGUUGUUAGUUAGUGAGACACUCUGUAUGGGACGAGUUGGGAGAGAUUAAAGGUUUACUGGAAAUAA